AAUGUUCCACAGGCCUUCGAGAAUCAGGGAUUAAAUUUGUGAAGGCUACAAAAAAUUUAUCGUUGUUUGCUAUAAAGUUUGCAAAUGGAAUCAUUAAAAUUCCUCUACUGAGAAUUGUUGAUCAUAUUGAAUGCCUCUUCAGAAAUAUGGUUGCAUACGAGCAAUAUGAAGGAGAAACCAAGACAACUUGUGUGACUGACUACGUGACUUUUAUAGAUCGCCUCAUCAACUCCCUAAAGGAUGUUGAAAUACUUGGUGACUCUGGAGUUAUUGAUAACUGGUUAGGGAAUGAUAAAACGGUUUCUAUCAUGUUCAACAAAGUAAUCAAUCAAGUCAUUCAAAAUUCUGAUACGUUCUGUUAUUCGGAAGUUUUUGAUGAUGUUAACGAGUAUUGUGGACAUUCUUGGCAUACAUGGAUGGCCAAUUUAAACCACAAUUAUUUCAACAACCCGUGGUCUUGCAUUUCGGUCAGUGGUGUUUUUGUGUUACUAGUUCUCACCUUGAUACAAAUGGCAUCCUCUAUCUUACAAGUCUAG